UGGAAAUUUCCAAUUUAAAUUGGUAUUAAAUUUUAAAAUAAUAAAUGCAUCAUAAUCCAACGAAACAUUGGGGAAAAGCAUAGACUUUCCCAUGCCUCCACAAAUUUGAGUCAUUGGACAAAAAGCAGCAAUUUAAACUUUAAUUGAUAAAUUUACAAAAUAACCGAAAGCGAUGUAUAAAUAAAAACAAAUACCAAAAAGACCGAAGUCUCACUAUAAAUACCUUUCCUCCUUGCCUCCACAAAGAAACGCUCAUACUCCUAACCCCUCUCAACUUUUCAAACCAAACCUCUCUUCCCUCUUUACUCUCUGCAAUGGCGCGCCUUCUCUUUCGUCUUCUCCAAGAAACCAAUUCUCCGACACCGGCAACACCUUCUCCGGCCUUAUAUUCCGAACUCGUGGUCGUCAUAGCUGCUCUUCUCUGUGCACUGAUCUGCGUCCUCGGCUUACUCGCCGUCUCUCGUUGCGUCUGGCUCCGUCGUAUCGCAAACAGCUCCGCCACGAAUUCUGAUCAACCGCCGGCUAACAAAGGGUUGAAGAAGAAAGUCCUAAAGUCUCUGCCGAAGCUCACCUACUCGCCGGACUCUCCCCCGGCUGAGAAGUUUGCCGAGUGCGCCAUCUGUCUUACGGAAUUCGCCGCCGGCGAUGAGCUCAGGGUGUUGCCACAGUGUGGUCACGGCUUCCACGUGUCAUGUAUCGACACGUGGCUCGGGUCUCACUCUUCUUGUCCUUCCUGCCGCCAGAUCUUGGUGGGGAUUGCCAGGUGUCAAAAAUGCGGCGGGUUACCCGGUAGCUCGAGUUCAGGACCCGAACCUGAUACCCGAAUCAAGCAAGAUGAUCCUAAUAGUAAUAAUAAUGAUAAUCUAUCUCACCUUAAUUAGUUUUUUAGAUAUUUCCAUUAAAAUUGUUCCUUUCAUUUUAAUAAUGUAUAUAUUUACUUGUUUUAAAUGGAUUUAUGUAUUGGAAAGUUAAUGUCAUUCAACACUUUAUUUC